AUGACCUUCAGCAUACCAGCGACACCUAUCGACGCUGAUGCUGGUGCACCUCUUAUGAAAAGCGAGGCCCAUACUCCACUCUAUGAUCUAGCUUGUAUGCUAAGCAUUGGGGCGUCCGUAGCGCAGGGGUUUAUUAUUCUAUUGGGAGGGUCUGGUCUACCUUUGGAUGAUAAUGGAGCAACGAGCUCUCCCGACAUGAGCGAUUCCGAUUACAAUCUGGGGUUCCUCGUAUUGACCGAAGGCAACGUUGUGGACGCCUGCUUCGGUGUGGACACAACUUCCAGCAUCGGAGUCUUGGAUCUCUAUUCACCGAGAAAUCGAGCCAAGGAUCAAGCCAAAAUCGUAAAAUGUAUUUUGGCGGAGGCAGGAAACUCGAGCGAUGCCGUGCAGCGCAAAGCUGUCGACAGCUAUCGCAACGCGUUUCGAGUGUGCGUGCGCUUUCACGAGAAAGUGGCCCAGCUAAACUUUCUCACUUACUGCUUCAAAUAUCAUCAAAUUAUGUACGAAGCAAAUGUCAAUGUCCAAGAGCUGUUUGUGGAACUACAAGAAGCUAUCGACUCAGCCAUAUGA